AAGUUAAGACCAAGGCAUGCUUUUUGCGCUUUCAAACCAGCGGGGAGGGGGGAAGAGAGAGAGAGAGAGAGAGACGAAAGGGGAUUGUUGAAGCGAAGCUUCGUUUCCACGGCGAUUCGACCGAAGGCAUAAGCGCGGAUCGGGCGGCAGAAGGGAGGAGCUUGAGCGCCUCUGGGCAUUUCGCGCCGUUCGGCUGGAAUUGAUCGGAGCCGUUUCGCUCUUUGCGCGUUUUUCGGGAUUUUCUUGGCCUUUUCCCCUUUACUUCCCCGAGAGCUGCCGCCGUCGCCGCGGUCGUUUUUGGGCGGACGUUUCGUUCGGGGAGGUUGCGCCGAGGUCCGUACGGAGGCUUGAGACGAAGGCUGUCGCGGGGGGCUUUAGUUCGUCUGCGCCGAUGGAGUGGCCCGUGUUGGACGAGUACGAGAAGCUCAUCUUUCGAAUGAAUCCUCCGAGGGUCGUGAUCGACAGUCGCGUUUGCUCCAGCGCCACUAUUGUUGAGGUUGAUAGCGCCAGGAAACAUGGAAUUCUAUUGGAUGCUGUCCAGGUCUUCACGGAUCUGAACCUUUCGAUCAAGAAAGCCUACAUUUCCUGUGAUGGAAGAUGGUUCAUGGACGUUUUCCAUGUGACCGAUCAGAACGGAAACAAAUUAACCGACCAAAGCGAAAUCAGCUACAUAGAGCAGUCACUUGGCGCCAUCCACCAUAGAAGGGACAAUGACUACAGGGGACUGACAGCGCUCGAGCUGACCGGAACUGACCGUGUUGGUCUGCUAUCGGAGGUCUUUGCCGUACUCGCCGACUUGCAGUGUAAUGUCGUGGAAGCGAAGGUGUGGACUCACAAUGGAAGGAUAGCUUCGCUAAUUUACGUGAAAGACUGUAAUUCCGGUUCCCCCAUUGAGGACUCUCAGCACAUAAAUAGGAUCGAGGCGAGAUUAAAGCAUGUUCUGAAAGGAGAUAACGACAUUAGAAGCGCGAAAACGAUGGUGUCGAUGGCGGUGACGCACACCGAGAGAAGAUUACAUCAAAUGAUGUUUGCAGACCGUGAUUAUGAGAGGAAGCCAAUCUUGCAGCCCAGUGCUGAUUGUCCGGUCGUAACUGUACAGAAUUGGACAGGAAGGGGUUACUCAGAAGUGAAUGUUCAGUGUAAAGAUAGGACAAAGCUUUUGUUUGAUGUCGUAUGCACCCUUACGGACAUGGAGUAUGUUGUCUUCCAUGCGACCGUGAAUACUACAGGAGACAAGGCAUAUCUGGAAUUCUACAUCAGGCACAUGGACGGAACCCCAAUUAGUUCCGAAGCUGAAAGGCAGCGGGUGGUUCAAUGUCUACAAGCAUCGGUCGAGAGAAGAGCGUCAAAGGGUGUGAGAUUAGAGUUAUGUACAGAGGAUAGGGUGGGUCUCUUGGCCGAGGUGACGCGAACCUUCCGAGAAAACGGCCUCAACGUCACGAGGGCGGAGAUCUCCACGACGAUGGACACGGCGCUCAACAUCUUCUACGUGACCGACGCGCUGGGGAACCCGGCGGAUCCGAAGAUCAUCGAGGCCGUGAGGCACAGGAUCGGGCCGGCCAAUCUGCAAGUCAAGGAGCUGCCGCCGCUGUCCGACGAAAAGGCGGAGCGGGAAGAGGAAGCGGUCGGGGUGGCCGGGGCCGUCCUGUUAUCGCUCGGGAGCAUGGUGAGGAGGAAUCUGUACCAUCUGGGUCUGAUCAGGUCAUAUUCUUGAAAGUGAAGAACAGGGCAUUAAAGGGCGAAUAUGGUGGCGGUGGCGUGGGGGGGAGGGCAUAUUCUUUUGGCUUCUAAACUGGACCGGGGGAGGGGGGGGGGGUUUGGGAGUUGGGGCAUGGCAUGUACAGUGUAAAUAGGUGGCAUGUAUAGUCGUUUAGUUAAGUGUUGGGUUGGGUUGGUUUGAGUUAGAUAGAGACCCACCCCAUAUCAUGUACAGUCCAUAGGGGGGGACAGCUCCACCAUAUUUUCAAAACGAUUUGGCUUUUUUAAAUCUCCGAGAUAGAUUUGAAUUCAUCCCUUGAGGAGGGAGAGGGAGGGAGGGAGGCCAAAAGGGUGGUGGGGAGAAGAAGGGGCUUGUCCUCUUGUAAAUAGGGGUUGUAAAUUGCUGGCGGGAAGAGAGGGUGGAAGAGUAGUUGUUAGUAGAUGACCAGAAAUUAUUCGGUACAGUCCAUAGUUUGUACAGUUGCCUACAUCAAUUUAGUAUUGUUGCGUUGAA